AUGGUAGAGUCCGACACGCAGGAGAGACAGGGGGAGAUGAAGGAGGAGCUGGCGCAGGUGCACAAUGCGCUGCGCAAGCGCAGGACGUGGUGGAGUUCAGAGGAACGGUUCAAAGAGCCGGGCAAACGCCCCCGCGAAGGGGGGCUGGCAGCCGAACAGACGGGCCCGGAAGAGCACAGGCAGGAGCAUGACGAGAUGAUAGCAGAGAAAAUGCCGCCCCCACUCGGCAUGGACUUGAAGGCCCCACGCCAGCGGAACCGACAUGGAGGAUGCCGGAACCCAGUCAACAUGGAAGACCCCGAGCAGCUGAGCAAGAGGCUGGAGGGGCAGAAUGCGCGGGCGGCGGAGAAGCGAGAUGGCGAGGAAUACUUAGACAAGCACAGCGAUGUCUACAAGUGCAGAAACGACGCGGGCGCGCGCGGGAACAAGUUAGAUGACAUCCGCGUCAAGCGUCGCCAGUCCCAGGCUGCUCUUGUGGAUGGGCGCGGCGCCAUCGCCAGCAAGCACGACUGCACGAACGCCCUCGCGAGCACGAAACGCAACCGCCGGCUGGCAUCGGUCUUCGCCGCGUUGAAGGAGGACGACUCACUGUUCGCUGUCGAGGCGCUAGCCUGCGCGUCAAUGAGCAUGGCGCGCGCAGACGACUGGCUGCGCGCGUGCAAGGGCCGCGCGAGGGGCGCUAAUGGGAUUCGCCUUGCGCCCAAGGCAUGGCGCCAGGGAGGAAAGGGAGGGGGCGAGAUGCAGACACUACAUGAUACAAUGGGCCAAGUUCACGAAGAAGAGCGCGACCUCUCGCUCAACGCAUUCAUGGACAACAUCACCAAGAUCCACGCAGUGGCAUCGUCGGUGCCGCUCCCGCAGGAGUCUGGAGUUAGCGAGCACCAGUUGGGACUUGCUCAGGUCGAGACGGGGCCGCAGGGCAGCUGCAAGGGCACGCCGGUGAAGGACAUGAGAGCUUUGGGGCCACGCCGACCACGAGAUCAAGGAUGCGCCGGAGAGAUCAAGAGGAGGUGCGAGGCCAUGCAGUGGGCUUGCAGACAAUAUGGGCGCUUCUGGUCUUCGAGAAUUUCAGACGCGAUCACGAAGGAGAUGUUCAAGGCGUUUGUUCCGGGUGCAGGCCUCAGUGAAUUGGCGACACUUGUGCUGGGGGAACGUCGCUUGAAGGCGCUCGACAGUACGAUGUCACACACAGCGGACGACUACGAGGAGUUCGACUUAAGAGCGUGCAUCAACGGACUUCAGGGACUGGCCCUCUGCUCUGCAGCAGAGAUGAGGGAUGUGAUCUGCAUGGCCUCGGACUCCAUCCUCAUGUCAGACAGCAAUUGGGCGCCUCGGAAGUCGAUGGCAGCGGGGCAGAACUACGGGAACCAGGUCGGGGAGAGGGGCGGGGGGCGCAAGAUGGGGCCGCCAGGCAUCCACGCGGGCACAGUGCCCAUGGCCGCGAUCACAGAGACGAUCAAGAUGCGCAAGGUCAGCGAGAGCAACAAGACGCGCAACAUCAAGAACAGGAGCCCGAACGAGGACGAGCGGGAGAUCUGGGAGGAGGGCCCGGGCAGGAUCCAGGUCGGCAUCAACGAGUUCCCCAGCGCCAGAGCGGCUCGCCUCCGCCUCAUCGUGCGCGCCAACGCCUUCCGCAGCGCCGUGGACCCCCUGGGCGCCCUGGCGUGGCACGCGCUGGCACCGGCGGAGCAGGACGCUCUGGCAACGGCGGACCCUGGCAAGGUGCCGUGCACGCGCCUGUCGCUCUUCCUGCGCGCGUCGCUGAUCAACCACAGCGAGGCGCCGAACGCGGCGUGGCUGGUCGCUGGCGGCGUGAUCGCGGUCCGCGCCACGGAGUCAGGCCGACGUGCACACACGGAGUUCGGAUCCACGGGCGCAGUCACGCGGCACGCAGACGGGGAGAUGGCGUUUGUGCCCGCGGCAGUUGCUGCGGCUUGCGCUCCUGCGGCAGCUCGGCUGUGCCAGCCAAGACCGUAUGUCUGCGGUAGGAGAUGGUGCCGUGCGUUCCCGCUGCGCCGUGUGGACAAGAGGCUGGCGGCACAGGCUCCAUGGGCGCUGGCUGGGCGGUGGUUAGGCUGGGCCAGGGAUUGGCAAAGGCUUUGA